AUGGCAGAUAAUAAGAGCCCUGAUGAUCUUUCCACCGCGAUUUUGCGCCGCAAGGAUAGGCCCAACCGUCUCAUCGUCGAAGAAGCCGUUAGCGACGACAACUCCGUUGUCGCCUUGUCACAGGCUAAAAUGGAGCAGCUACAACUAUUCCGAGGAGAUACAGUAUUGCUUAAAGGAAAACGUCGUAAAGAGACUGUUUGCAUUGUGCUCUCUGAUGAUAACUGCCCAGAUGAGAAAAUUCGCAUGAACAGAGUAGUGAGGAACAAUCUACGUGUACGUUUGUCUGAUGUGGUGUCAAUAGCACCUUGUCCCUCAGUUAAAUAUGGAAAGCGGGUUCAUAUUCUGCCCAUUGAUGAUUCAGUUGAAGGUUUGACUGGAAAUCUGUUCGAAGUAUACCUCAAGCCAUACUUCAUGGAAGCAUACAGGCCGAUACACCGUGACGAUACGUUCAUGGUCCGCGGUGGAAUGCGAGCUGUAGAGUUCAAAGUGGUUGAAACCGACCCCGCGCCGUACUGCAUCGUGGCGCCCGACACAGUCAUACAUUGUGAGGGAGAGCCUAUUAAACGUGAAGAAGAGGAGGAAGCCCUAAACGCAGUGGGCUACGACGAUAUCGGAGGCUGUCGCAAACAGCUAGCUCAGAUCAAGGAGAUGGUAGAGCUGCCGUUGCGCCACCCGUCUCUAUUCAAGGCGAUCGGAGUAAAGCCACCACGUGGUAUCCUCAUGUACGGGCCUCCGGGGACAGGGAAGACCCUUAUAGCCCGUGCUGUAGCUAAUGAAACAGGUGCAUUCUUCUUCCUGAUCAACGGUCCAGAGAUCAUGUCGAAACUUGCCGGCGAGUCAGAAUCGAACCUGCGAAAAGCUUUUGAAGAAGCAGACAAGAAUUCGCCAGCUAUCAUCUUCAUCGAUGAGCUGGACGCGAUUGCACCGAAACGUGAGAAGACCCACGGUGAAGUGGAACGUCGUAUUGUGUCGCAGUUGCUUACACUUAUGGAUGGCAUGAAGAAAUCAUCCCACGUGAUCGUAAUGGCGGCCACUAACCGUCCCAACUCCAUCGACGCGGCGCUCCGUCGCUUCGGCCGCUUCGACCGAGAGAUAGACAUCGGUAUUCCAGAUGCCACUGGCCGUUUGGAAAUUCUGCGCAUUCACACCAAGAAUAUGAAGCUCGGUGAUGAUGUGGAUUUGGAACAGAUUGCAGCUGAGUCCCACGGUCAUGUUGGCGCUGAUCUCGCUUCACUGUGCUCGGAGGCUGCGCUACAACAGAUCCGUGAGAAGAUGGACCUCAUUGAUUUGGAGGAUGAUCAGAUUGACGCGGAAGUGCUCAACUCGCUCGCUGUGUCUAUGGAUAACUUCCGUUACGCUAUGACUAAAUCAUCGCCAUCCGCUCUCCGCGAAACGGUAGUGGAAGUGCCCAACGUAUCGUGGACCGACAUCGGAGGCCUACAGAACGUGAAGCGCGAGCUGCAAGAGCUGGUGCAGUACCCGGUGGAGCAUCCCGAUAAGUUCCUCAAGUUUGGUAUGCAGCCGUCUAGGGGUGUGCUGUUCUAUGGACCUCCGGGGUGCGGUAAAACUUUGUUGGCGAAGGCAAUUGCUAACGAGUGCCAGGCUAACUUCAUCUCGGUGAAAGGUCCAGAACUGCUCACAAUGUGGUUUGGUGAAUCAGAGGCUAAUGUGCGAGAUAUCUUCGACAAGGCCCGCUCUGCGUCCCCCUGCGUGCUUUUCUUCGACGAGUUGGACUCGAUCGCGAAGUCGCGCGGAGGCUCCGUGUCGGACGCGGGCGGCGCCGCAGACCGCGUCAUCAACCAGAUACUCACGGAGAUGGACGGCAUGGGGGCUAAGAAGAACGUCUUUAUUAUUGGUGCAACGAACAGACCGGACAUUAUCGACCCCGCCAUCCUGCGGCCGGGCCGCCUCGACCAGCUCAUCUAUAUCCCGCUGCCAGACGAGAAAUCCCGCGAGGCCAUCCUCCGCGCCAAUCUGCGCAAGUCGCCCAUCGCUAAGGAUGUCGACCUGUCUUACAUUGCUAAGGUGACGCAAGGCUUUAGCGGCGCCGAUCUGACAGAGAUCUGCCAGCGCGCGUGCAAGCUCGCCAUCCGCCAGGCCAUCGAGGCGGAGAUACACCGCGAGCGCGCGCGCCAGCAGCAGGCGGCCGCCGCCGUCAUGGACAUGGACGAGGAGGACCCGGUGCCGGAGAUCAGCCGCGCUCACUUCGAGGAGGCUAUGAAGUUCGCGCGCCGCUCCGUCUCCGACAACGACAUACGCAAGUACGAGAUGUUCGCGCAGACGCUGCAGCAGAGCCGCGGGUUCGGCACUAACUUCAGAUUCCCGACGAGCGGCGCGGCGUCGGGCGGCACGGGCACGUCAGGCGGCGACCAGCCCACCUUCCAGGAGGAGGGCGGUGACGACGACCUCUACAGC